UCUGGCUGGCCCUCUUGGGGGAUACCCGCCGGGAGGGGGAGACUGCGGGGCCGCCUGUGGAGCGAUGCCUGGCACCUGGGCUCUGGGCGCGGUGGCAGCCGCGCUGGUGGCCUCGAUGCUCCUGCUGCAGCGUGGGGACGAGGGGUCCGGGGCUGGCCCUAGCAUGGCGGACAAGGAGGCCCUGCCUAAGCUUCGGGAAGACUUCAAGAUGCAGAAUAAAUCCGUCUUUAUUUUGGGCGCCAGUGGGGAAACCGGCAAAGUACUUUUAAAAGAAAUCCUGGGACAGAACCUGUUUUCCAAAGUCACGCUCAUUGGCCGGAGGAAGCUCACAUUCGAGGAGGAAGCUUAUAAAAAUGUGAAUCAAGAAGUGGUGGACUUUGAGAAGCUGGAUGACUACGCCGCUGCCUUUCAAGGUCAUGAUGUUGGCUUCUGUUGCCUGGGCACCACCAGGGGAAAAGCCGGAGUGGAAGGAUUCGUCCGUGUUGACCGAGAUUACGUGCUGAAGUCUGCAGAGCUGGCAAGAGCAGGCGGGUGCAAACAUUUCAAUCUGCUGUCCUCCAAGGGGGCGGAUAAGUCCAGCAGUUUCUUAUACCUACGAGUAAAGGGAGAAGUGGAAGCCAAGGUUGAAGAAUUAAAGUUUGAUCGCUUCUCAGUGUUCCGGCCAGGAGUCCUGCUGUGUGACAGGCAAGAGUCUCGUCCAGGCGAAUGGCUGGUUAGGAAAUUCUUCGGCUCUCUGCCGGAGUCCUGGGCCAGUGGGCACUCUGUGCCUGUUGUGACCGUGGUUAGAGCGAUGUUGAACAACCUGGUGAGUCCCAGCAGUGGACAAAUGGAACUUCUGGAAAACAAGGCCAUCAUCCACCUGGGGAAAGACAGCAAUGGGCCCAAGCUGUGACCGUAUGGGAGGACGGCUUGUUCUCAAACCUCAGUGCCUGUCACCGAAUCAGUCAUGUUGGGGUCUCUAAAACGUCUCUCUGUAGUCCUUUGUGGUGUCCAUGCAGCUCAAUCAGGAAACCCCAGUGCUCUCCAGCUGUUGAUGUUGUACCCAUUGUCCAUGUAAGUCACCCAGGGAGCUGUGGAAGGACAGGUCUGUAUCAUAGCCCUUGUGGAGUUUGUGGGUUGAGGACAGGGAUCUGUGGUUUUGACUUCUAUGUCCUCUGGUUGGGAGACCAGCUUUAAAGCUCUCCGAGAGAGACGCCUGAGCACUGAGCAGUGGGGCCCUAGCCCUCCAGGCAGGCGAGUGCCAGUGAAGCUUGCUGACAGACUGUCUCGUCUCUGAGCCGCAUGGUGCCGCUCGGCUGCACGGAGCGGAGUGCACCCUGUGCCUUUACUGCGUGGCAGCGCAGGAGAUGUAAAACAAGCUUCUGUGGUUCAUUGAGGAAUAAAAAUAAAUGGCCAAACCCUGA